GUUCAUCUUGGAAAUUUGAAGAUGAAGUACUUUCUUCUGCCAACUCAUUUAGCAUUUCUCUGUAGCUUUGCACUAAGUAAACCUGUCCAGAUAGCUACAAGAAAGAAUGACUUAGGUAGUGAAAUAGCUGUGUAUGAAGGAGACAUCCUCCUGAGAAGAGGGCGACGCAGUGCCAUUAACUGUGAGAGCUGUUUGUGGCCCAAGUCACAAGAUGGACUGGUCAAGGUUCCAGUUAACAUCUCUUCUGAUUUCUCAAUAACAGAGAGGUCUUGGAUUGCUGAUGCUUUGCAAGAGAUCUCCACGCUGACCUGUGUGCAAUUUGUAAAUCGCACUACAGAAACAGACUAUGUUUAUGUUGAACGAGGGCAGAGCUGCUGGUCUUACUUUGGAAAGAUUGGAGGACGCCAAGCAGUAGGCCUGGUGAAAAAUGGUUGCAUGGAUAAAGGAGCAAUUCAGCAUGAAAUGAACCACGCACUGGGUUUCAUCCAUGAACAGGCACGGAGUGAUCGGGACAGGUUUGUCAAGAUUAUGUGGGAACACAUAGUGGCAGGGGAACAAGGGAACUUUGGAAAAAUGAAUUCCAAAAACCUGGGCCUUCCCUAUGACUACUCUUCAGUGAUGCACUAUGGCGCGUAUGAUUUCUCCAGCACUCCAGGAAAACCAACUAUUGUACCAGUUCCUGACCCUUCUAUACCUAUUGGGCAGAGAGAUGGGCUGAGCAACUUGGAUGUAGCUAAAAUCAACAAGCUCUACAAGUGCAAUUGCUGCAGCUCUGUGUUGCCUAAACCCAAAGGCUCCUUCUCCUCUGCCAAUUACCCAUCCCCAUACCCAAACAAUAGCAACUGCCUGUGGCUGAUCCGCAUCCGCCGAAGUAAGAUCUUCCUGCAGUUUGAGGCUUUUGAUCUCCAACGCUCCUCAGACUGUUCUUCUGACUAUAUAAAAAUUUACAAUGGGAACAGCAAGAGCUCCCCUGUCUUGCUGGACAAGUACUGUGGGAAGGGUCCACUGCCCUCCUUAGUGGCAUCUGGAUCCACAAUGCUGGUAGAGUUUGCAAGUGAUGAGAGCAUUACAGCCAGAGGAUUCAGAGCCUCCUACAACAGGGUGAAUUGUGGAGCCACUUUCAGAGAUUCAAAGGGAGUCAUCACCUCUCCAAACUACCCCAAUAAGUACCCCAAAAACCGUGCAUGCUUCUGGGUCAUCACUUCUCCAGUAGGAUACAAGAUAUCUCUCAAAAUGUUAUCCUUUGAGCUGGAAUAUAGUGACAGAUGUGUCUAUGACUACUUGCUCAUACAUGAUGGAAGCCGCCCUAUGUCACCUGCAGUUGGCCCUUAUUGUGGGACAGAGAAGGUUGCAGACUUUACUUCCACUGGGAACUUUGUGCUGGUUGAAUUCCACAGUGAUUUAGUGUGGGAGUUGCCUGGAUUUGUGAUGAGUUAUACAUUUGCUAGGUAAGUAAAAUACAGACGGGGUUUGAAAAACACAGAAUGAGAGUAAGAGUCCAGCUAGCCUCAGGUAAAAGUGAAGAUGCCACCAAUUUCAGAAAAAAAAAAUUAUAUAACCUGAUACCUUUAACAAGCAUGAAGUUUGACCUCUUAGUCUUACAUCUACAGUGGUGUAAUUUCCAUGGUGAAUCAAGAACAGAAAUGUUCCUGCCCAUGGGAUGCUUCUGUCUGAGACUGUAUGCUUCUUGUUAUAGUAUUCUCAUUGCUGGUGUUGCAUGGCCAAACACAAUAGCAGAGCUGAAACUAUGUAAGCAGAUUUUCAAGAACUUCUAGUGGUAGAAACUGCCCAUAAAAAAAUUCAGAACAUGACUGUGUAGCAACUUUAACCUGUAUUCUGGCAAAUGCUAUUACCCAACCUAAAUGUGCAUUCCAGCAUGCAUACAGAAAAUUCUUCAGACACAUUUAUUUACAUUUUGAAGUCAAGAUCACAGUUCAUAUAGGCACCAGAGCUUAGCAUGUAACAUCACCACUUGACACCAAACAAGUGGUGUCAUAGUACAGUAUGACACACAGUACCUCAACUCAAAAUUUGCACUACUCCUCUGUGAGAUGGACCAGAUCAGAGAACAGUUUUAACUAAUGUAAAUAAAGUUAAGAGUAGCAGGAACAAGCACUGAGGGAAAGGGAAUUGAAUGAAGCACAUGCUAUUGUCACUUUGCUGUGGCCUGAGUCAGGUAUUGCAAUUGUCCCUAAGGUGUUACCAAAAUACUUUUUAAAAAUGAGGCCUGAAAACCUAAUGCAAAGACCAGUGAAUGUUCUCUCUGGAGAGCAUUUUAGGUUUGAAGUACCUUGUCUGUAGAGAGAAGUCCUCCUCCUCUAAAGAGAUGGCUGGAGUGGAGACAGAAAUCACCACUGUAAACACCUAACACUUUGCCUCGACUUGAUGUAUUCAGAAUUAAAUGCUAGUGCCAAGCUGGGAGAUGCCAAAACAUUAUGAAUAAUAAAAGACUUUGCUGAAAUUAUGUCUCUGUGAAGAAGAGCAUGUAGAAAUUGCCAAUUUGCUUUCCUGGUGCAACUAAGAAAAUUUUGAAUGAUGAUGACUUUGUAGCAGUGGGGGGGGAAGGGUUUAAGAUCUGUAAUGUUUUGCUUUCUA